AUGGGUCUAUCAGGCGCCGUGGAGUGGUGGGACGAGUGGCAGCUGCGCAUUCUGGUGCUGGGCAGCCUCUUCGUCCAGUACAUGCUCUUCUUCUCCUCCAUGGUGCGCAGGUGUGCUCUUCCAUCUUGGCUCAGGCUCUUCAUCUGGCUUGCAUAUCUGGGCGGGGAUGCGCUAGCGAUCUACGCCCUCGCCACCCUCUUCAACCGCCACAAGGAGCAGCAGGAGCGGCUCGCCGCCGGCCUGGAGGUGCUAUGGGCGCCUGUCCUCCUCAUCCACCUCGGCGGGCAGCACAUGAUGACCGCCUACAGCAUCGAAGACAACGAGCUGUGGAUGCGGAACACCGUCACCGUGGUGUCCCAAGUCGUGGUCGCCCUCUACGUCUUCUGCAAGUCCUGGUCCGGCUCCGGCGGGGAGAAAAGGCUACUGCAAGCCGCGAUCUUGCUGUUCGUCGUUGGGAUCUUGAGAUCCAUCCAGAAGCCAUGGGCUCUGAGGAGCGCCAGCAUCAGCAACAUGGUCGCCGCUUUCUCCAUGUCCACGAGGAAGGACCAAACCAUCACGUCGUGCUGGAAAGCGAUAUGCGGUUGCACGUUGGAGUGGUAUUUCGCUGGAAGCAAGACUAAAGAAGAAGCCCAAGAGAGGGACAUCCCGCUUGAGGAAUUUGUGCAAGAAGCAAUCAAGAAUUUACCAGAGCUGGCCAGUGGUGAAAAACAAGCAGAAAUCCUCGGCAAUCCGUCAUUGAACGUAAAUGUCUACAGGUCACUGGUAGACAUAUCGCCCCCAUACUCUAGUCGGAUAAAAAGCCUGCAGCUUUCAAUGGGCCUUGAUUACCAGCAUGCAAAUAUGAUUUCGACAAACAUUCUUAACCAGAUGUUUUUCUUGCUCUACACAAAGCUAUUUGUGGUCAUCGGUAUGGAUGUCUGCUGUUUGUUUCUCUGCCUUCCGUUCCUGACCUUGGCCUCAGCCAUCCUCUUCUCCACAAACCACAAAUAUCAUGACUACAAGGCAACAGAUGUGAAGGUAACUUCCAUCUUGUUUUGGUGUACCGCUCUGCUUGAUUUCCUAUCGGUCUUCCUCGGCCCUUGCAUCAUCGCCAUAGCAUCACCGGACAAUGUGCCCCAGUAUAACCUCCUGUCAUUCUGUGCACGUAAGAAGCGGCCCACGGUUUUGAUGAAGCUUGCCGCACUUGUCUUCUGCAAAGAAUAUGUUAACAUGCAUUGUUAUACAGAGCACGCACCUAAACCAUCCCUACUCCAAGUUACAGAGUUGGUUCAUGGAUAUGUCAGGGAUGGUUGGAAAGGAUACAUCCAUGACGAUGCCAGCUAUAGGAGAUUCAACAGCCGCAGAGGCCAGUGGGCGCUAAGGCAUCGGCGUCAUCUGCGGUGGAGCUUGAACAUGUCAUUCGAUAGAAGCAUCCUCAUCUGGCACAUCGCCACGGACCUCUGCUUUCACCACCAAAGCGCAACCCCUCUCGGCCAAGCCUGCGCCGUCCGAAGCAGGGUGAUAUCCAACUACAUGGCUUACCUGCUCUUCCUUCGUCGAGAGAUGCUUAUGCCCGGGUCCAGGAUCGGCACCUUCACCGUUGCCUAUGAGGAUGUCGAGCUCUUGCUAGGGGGCGAGCAUGCGCUGGACGACGAAACAGGACUCGCGCACGGAAUUCUUUUAUGGGCGCAGGCGCCUCAGCCUCCCUUGUUAGACGACGCCAACAUGGUAGGAUCUUUGGUUCCCAUGGCAUGCAAGCUUGCGAAAUCGUUGAUGGAGCUGCGCGAAGUGGAGAGGUGGGAGGUGAUCCAGGGGGUAUGGGUGGAGAUGCUGUGCUACUCUGCCGGUAGGUGCAGGGGGUACCUGCACGCCAAGAACAUGGGUGAAGGUAUGGAGCCGCUCUCUCAUGUCUGGUUACUCUUGUCAAUCAUGGGGAUGGAGACAUUCGCCGACAGGUUUCAGAAACCGGAGCCUUCGGAAGGCCAAGAUGAUGGGGAAAGGCAAAGCCCCUGA